GGUGGUGGAGACACCCUCACCAUCUCGAGAGAUGGCCCAAGCUCUGACUCCAGCGUCGUCCCGCAAACACGUUCAGACCCAUCGAGCCUCUGUUCGAUGAAUGUGUUUGAGUCCUUAGAGGAGCUAGAGGAGGAGUGGUCUAGAUCAGACCCGCUAGCUUCUUGGACGACCCUAGUCAAAGCCCCGAAGGGUGAGAUGUUCGUCAGUGAGGUUGUCAUUGGCGGCCGCAAGGCCGGGACCUAUUAUGACACUUGCUCGACUAGGAACUUUAUUAGUCGCGCGAGCGUUGAGAGGCUGCGCUUACAAGGGCAAGUGCAACGCCUGAGUCGACCUGUGGAGUCGACCUGUGCCAACAAACAGCGCAUGGUAGUCGAUGACUACCUCCAAGAUGUUGAGUGUUGUUUCCCGUACGCGGGAGGGGAAUUGAGACAUCGUGUCUCGUUCCUAGUGAGCGAUGAACAUCCCAUGGAUAUGCUGUUAGGUAUGUACUACCUCUCUGUGGCACAGCCCCAGUUUGACUGGGACCGAAAAGUGGUCAAACACACUUUGCCAGGCGGAGGGACCGUCAGAUUGCGUAAGUUCAAGGCCAGUAGUCUGAUUGAGUCCUAUGGGUGCAUGUGUGCGGCCUCAUUCUAUAACUAUUAUAAGCAAAAUCAGGAGGAGGGUAUGUAUCUAGUUUAUGUCUCUGCUGCAGGCGAGCCGGUGAAAAUGUCGCCGGAGAUAGAGGGAGUAGUUGCCAAGUACCCUGAUCUAUUUGAAGAGUCGACAUGGGUUGUAGAGAGGGAGGUCGUCCACGCGAUAGAGAUUAUCCCAGGGUCUAACAUUCCGAAGGGUAGGAUCUAUCGGAUGUCUCCAGGCGAGCUCGAUGAGCUUCGUCGACGCCUCAAGGAACUUGUAGAGAAGGGUUGGAUCCGGCCGAGUGUUUCUCCUUAUGGAUCUCCAGUACUAUUCGUACCUAAGAAGAAGGAGGGUACACUUAGGAUGUGCAUUGAUUAUAGGGGCCUCAAUGACAUCACUGUAAAGAACAGAGAGGCCCUACCGCGCAUCGACGAUUUGUUGGAUAGAGUGCAAGGGUGUCGGUACUUCAGUAAGAUAGAUCUGAAGUCCGGGUACCAUCAAAUUGCAAUCCGGCCCGAGGAUCAGCACAAAACCGCCUUUCAGACCAGGUACGGUCUGUACGAGUUUGUGGUGAUGCCUUUUGGCCUUCAGCAUGCUCCUGGCACCUUUCAGCAUGCUAUGAAUCGGAUAUUCCAUGACUACUUGGAUAAGUUUGUCAUCGUGUACCUCGAUGACAUACUUAUUUUUAGUAAGACUGUCGAGGAGCAUGUUGCGCACUUGGACAAAGUCCUCAGUCUCCUGCGACAGCACAAGUUCAAGAUCAACGGGGAGAAGUGCGAGUUUGGACGCACCCGUGUUUUGUACUUGGGUCAUGAGAUCUCCGUGGAAGGGUUGAAGCCCGAUUUCGCGAAGGUGGCCAGCAUUCGUGAUUGGCCACGUCCUCAGUCUGUGACUGAGAUGAGAUCUUUCUUAGGAAUGACAAGCUACUAUAGAACUUCCGUUAAGAACUAUAGCAUAGUGGUAGCCCCUUUGACUGAUCUGACCCGCCUUGACACCCCAUGGGAGUGGACAGAUGAGUGCGAGGCUGCUUUCAAACAUCUGAAGCAUGCGUUGACGCACUAUGAGGUCUUGAAACUUCCUGAUCCUGAUAAGCCGUUUAUAGUCACCACGGAUGCCAGCCAAUAUGGCAUUGGCGCCGUGCUCGCGCAGCAGGAGGGGCCAAAGUUGAGGCCUGUGGAGUACAUGUCUGAGAAAAUGUCGUCUCAGAAGUUGGCCAAGUCCACCUAUGUGAAAGAACUCUAUGCAGUUUACAAGGCUCUGACCCAUUGGAGACACUAUCUCCUUGGGAGGUUCUUCAUCCUCAGGACUGAUCAUCAGACCCUGAGAUGGAUGAGAACUCAGUCGGUGCUCUCUGACGCUCCGAAGCGUUGGAUUGAAGUCGUUGAGCAGUACGACUUUGACCCUCAGUAUAUGAAAGGGGAGUACAAUAAGGUUGUUGAUGCCUUGUCGCGUAGACCUGACUUCUUAGGUAAGCUGAUUACUGAGUUCUAUCUGACGGACAAUGUUACUCAGUCUUUGGUGGAAGCCUAUCGCGAGGACCAGUUCAUGUCUGAGAUCAUUCGCAGACUUGAGGCGAAGGACAAGAAGACUUCUGUCGAGUUUGAGUUGGUCAAUGGCUUCCUGUUCCUUGAGAAGGAAGGGAAUAAACGAUUGUGUGUCCCGAAUAGCGAGUCUUUGUGUAGUUUGUUUUUAGGCGAGUGUAAUGAUGCCACCGGCCAUUUUGGGUACAAGAAGACCGCAACCAAUCUGCUGCAGCGGUUCUGGUGGCCCACAUUGAUGAGAGAUGCUAAGUUGUACGUGGAGACUUGUCAGGUCUGUCAGAGAGACAAGCCACGUACUCAGGCUCCUCUUGGGCUGCUGAAGCCCCUUCCGAUUCCGGAAAGGCCUGGUGAGAGCCUGUUCAUGGACUUCAUGGAUACGCUGGUCACCAGCAAGAGUGGAAUGCGCUACAUCUACGUCAUUGUGGACAGGUUUAACGGAAGCGGGAGAGCAAGCGGCGUCGAUGUCGGCUGGUCGUGGGAGGAGAAGGUCGGCGAAGAUACGGCCUUUCUGUCCGCCGUGGUGCAACUCGAAUGGAUUCACGCCGAUCAUCGGGUGCACCGAAGUGUUGUAGGCGAAGUCGAUGUCGGGGAGGCGGUCAACCCAAUCUUUUUGGUCCGGACGGAUGAGCGUACGAAGCAUCAUUUGAGCGGUUUGAUGUGCCCGCUCCGUUUGCGCGUCCGUCUGUGGAUGUCGAGCCGAACUUGGCUUCAUUUUCGUGCCGGACUCUUGAAUGAGAGCUGUCCAAAAUGUCGACAUGAAGCGAGUGUCUCGGUCGCUGACUAUGUCUUCCGGUACACCGUGGCCGCAAAUCCAACCGGUGUGCAAGAGGCGUGCCAGCUCGGGAGCCGUGGAGUAGUACUUGCAAGGGAGAAAACGCGCAUACUUACUCAAACGGUCCACAACUGUGAGGAUGCCGUCGUGCCUGAGGCGAUCGCGGGGAAAAGGUCCGGUGACAUCCAUGGCAAUGGAGAGGCCGGGUUCCCGUGGGAUAGGCAUCGGGCGCAACUCGCCGUAGGGCAACCCAUUGUGGGGCUUGCUUCGUCGGCAAACUUCGCAAGAGUCGCAAUACCGAGUGACAUCGGUAAUGAGGUCGGGCCAUCAGAAUCGUUGUCGAAGCCGUGCAAUAGUGUGGUUGACUCCGAAAUGGCCGGCGAGUCGCGAGUCAUGGUACUCACCGGGAAGGCGAGUCCGAAGACGACGGUUGCGUGGAACACACAAUAAGUCCUUGCCUCUCGAGUGGAGGAGCAAGUACCCGUCGACAAUGCGAUAGUGGCUGGCCAGCGGGUGAUCCGAAGAUAGCUGCGCAUAUAACGUGGCGAAAUCC